AUGGAGUCCAACAAUCUAUGGCUGAUGGCCAUCACCGACGGCACGAUCAGGGUGAUGGAGGGCGCGUACUCGCCGGAUCUCAACACCCACAACGUCCCCAGAAAUCCCUCCGACUGGAAGCAAGCGGCCCGGGUCGGGAGCAACAAGUACUGCACCCACCGGGAGCUGGAAGUGUUCGGCGUGGCGUUCACCGGCCGGAAGGUGGAGGAGCUGAGGAGCGGCAUCGUCGGGCAGAGGAUGGUCAACAGAGAAGGGUUCAUGGUGGGGUGGCGCAACCCUGGCGGCGGGAGCACCUACCUCAGGCCCAACAGCGUCCUGCUCCGCCUCAACGACCUCUACCAGUGGUCCAAGCACGGUGUCCAGGUCACCAUCCCAGUGGAGACCGCGUGGGACCGGUUCGAGCUCACCACCGGGAAGCUCAUGGUUGGGGCCGCUGGCGCAGGCUCAGCACAGGCGAAGAAGGAACUGGAGGAGAAGGAGAAGGAGAACCAGAGGCUUCAGGCAGAGAAGGACAAGGAGAUCGAGGAGCUCAAGAAGCAGGCCAAGGAGAAGGAGGACGAGCAACUUGCCGCCAAGAAGGAGAUCGAGGAGCUCAAGAAGCAGGCCAAGGAGAAGGAGGGAGAGCAGCUUGCAGCCAAGAAGGAGAACGAGGAGCUCAAGAAGCAGGCCAAGGAGAAGGAGGACGAGCAGCUUGCACUCAAGAAGGAGAACGAGGAGCUCAAGAAGCAGGCACAGGAGAAAGACGAUCAGCUUGCCGCCAAGGAUAAGCAGAUCGCUAACCUCAGGAAUGCUCUCAGUGCCUUCGUCUAA